GGAGCUGUCAGCGUUCUCUCUCUUGUGCGGCGCGAUCGCAGCUCCUUGCAGUCUCGUACGCUUGGCACUGAUUGAUUUCCGAAGGCUUUCGCUGGGCUGCAGCAAGUGGUUUCUCUGGCAAUCAACAAGUGAAGAAGGCUCCUUAGGGGAGAUCGGUCACUGCGUGAGGAUUCGGGCUCUGCCGCUUUAAUCCGCCAAGCUGCUUUUCUACAUGAAACUUGUGGAAGAAGCCGACUUGGAAAGUGGAUGAAGGAUUACGGUGUGAAUGGGGAAAACCGAAGCUGGAUCUUACUUGACACAUUACCUGUAUUCCUUGCAGCACAUGUGUUACCGUGACUGGGGCAGUGAGCUAGCACUUCAUCUCUGCUAAUUCUCUGAACAUCGCGAUCAGCAGCCCGCCCCGUCACCUGUAUCUCUCCGUCCGCGGAGAACAUGCUUUUAUUGGCUUAGGUCUUGUUUUUGGAAGACUUUUGGUAGCUAUCCAUAUCCGCCGCGUGUGAUCGGCGCUCGUCUCUUAAGCGAUCGCUGCGACAGCCGUCGGGUUUCAGACUCCUGAGCCUGGACCUGCCAAGGAACCCCAUCUGUUUGAGUUGAUCAGCUUCUCCGGGGAGCUGCAACGUUACCCCCGGUGGAAGUUCGCCGGGUUCCAUGUGAGCACCUUACGGAGGAGGGGGGAGUGUCAGCGGAUCAGCUGCUGCAGCGGGAGAUCAGACGGCGAGCACCGGCGAGGCUGAUCAUGGCGAAAUGGCUGAAUAAGUAUUUUAGCCUGGGCAAUAAUAAUAACAACAAGACCAAGAGCCCCCCGCAGCCGCCCAGACCGGAUUAUAAGAAGAACGGUGGCACCGAUCGCUCCUUCCACCUGAGUCAGCAGCAGCAGCAGUUCCCCCAGUAUCACCACCACACGUCCCCGCUGCCCGGGCACUGCAGGGAGGAGAGCGAUCUCAUCCGAGCCUAUCGGGCCCAGAAGGAGAGAGACUUCGAGGAUCCGUACAACGGGCCCGGCUCGUCCCUCCGCAAGCUGCGGGCCAUGUGCAGAGAGGAGCAGCAGGAAGAGGGCAUAAGGGGCAGCGGCAGCCUCUUCCAAGAACCGUACCCAGGCUCCAGCACCAACACCACCUCCUCGUCCUCUUCCUCGUCUUCCUCGCCGCACCUGUACCGCAGCAACAGCGAGAGGAGGCCGGCCCGGGCCAGGCAGCAGCAGCAGCAGCUCCUGGGGGGCUCGGAGCUCAAGUACAUCGUAUCCCCCAAGCACCGGCUUAUCAAGAUAGAGAGCUGCGGCUGGGGGGACAGCGGGGGCAGCACGGGCACCGCCGCCAUCACCUGGAGCCCUGCGCUCACUGCAGCGAGUACCAAGAGCGAGGAGCCGAGCAACCCCGGGGGCAAGAAGGAGAAGCUUGUAAUACCUGAUGACUACUCUGAUCCAUUUGAUGCCAAAGGUGAAAAGAACAAAGGGCUAGUGCCUGAAAACAAUGGCUACAUGGAGCCUUAUGAAGCCCAGCGGCUAAUGACAGAUAUUCAAAAACAAGAAAGUCAGAAGCCACCGCAGAAAAAUAUUCAGUUGUACGACACACCUUAUGAACCAGAGUGCAAUGGGGUAGAGGAGUCCGAUUCGGAAAGCCUGAUUGACCUACGUUUGAGAGAAAGCAAAUUACCGCAGGAUGAUGACCGGCCAGCUGAUGAGUAUGACCAGCCGUGGGAGUGGAACAAAGCUUUGCCGGCCCUUGCAGCUCAAUUCAAUGGGGGUGAGAAGAGACAGUCCUCUCCAUCGCCAUCAAGUGACAGGCGCAGACAGCUGAGGACUCCAGGAGGUGGCUUUAAGCCCAUAAAGCAUGGCAGCCCAGAGCUCUGUGGAAUCCUGGGGGAAAGAGUGGACCCAAAUGUUUCACUGGAGAAGCAAACAUGGUAUCAUGGAGCCAUCAGCCGGACGGAUGCAGAGAACUUGCUACGGCUCUGCAAGGAAUGCAGCUACCUUGUGAGGAACAGCCAGACCAGCAAACACGACUACUCCCUGUCUCUGAAGAGCAGCCAAGGCUUUAUGCACAUGAAGCUGUCAAAAACCAAAGAGAAGUAUAUACUGGGUCAGAACAGCCCUCCUUUUGACAGCGUCCCUGAGGUCAUCCAUUUCUACACGACUAGAAAGCUUCCAAUCAAAGGAGCCGAACAUUUAUCACUCCUCUACCCUGUAGCUGUGCGGACCCUGUAGUGUGGCAAUUGACUCGUCUGCCCCUUCCUGUGGACAGGGGUCUGUGAAGAAUCUUUGUAGCCAGUACAGCUGCACUAUAAGACAGCAGGGUACUGCUGGAGGCUAUUCAAGCACUGGCAUUGUGGAACGUAAAUUAGAGGCUACAAACGCUUGGUUGUAUCGCACUCAACGUAUUUGCAAUAUUGCACUAUGGUAUUCACGAUGAACAAUACUUCUAUUACGAAGAGGGACGGUGAAAAAACCCAAAGCUUUUUAUCUGCCGUGGUCUGUAUGUUGAGCAGCUCUGAACGUGGAAAGGAGUUCUGGAAACGCAUUGCUUGUUUGGGUUGCGAAAGUUAGCAAAGAAAUGUUACAAUGUGAAGCAAUGUUGAUUAUUUGCCAACAAAGAUGUAUUUAUCACUUCUUUAUUUUGCCAAAAUCGCUUUGGAACCUUCAGUAUUAAUUUUCGAUUUACGCGCGUUUACUAAUGAAUCUGUUGAUGCUACUUCCUGAUGACACUGAAGGAAGCAGUCACCGCAAUAUGUAAUGUGGUUCCUCGAUUCACAGGUUGUACUUCUAGGUUCUGAGGUGCAGCUUAUUCACAAAGGAUUGACUAAUCUUGCCUAUUCAAACAAUGCCACUGUUCAUAGAAGGGGAAGUGUCAAGCAAAAUACUGGUGUAGAUUUCUCACCUAGUUGCUUUGAGGGGUACGUGACUGGCUUCAGGAUCAUUAUCGUUCAACCAAUAUUGACUGCUGAAUCCAAACAAGUUCUGUUCUGCGGUACCUGUGGAAAAAAAUGGUGCAAGGAAAGCCUGAACGGAAGACUCAGGCCUGCUCGGACAUUACACCCACAAACCCAUGCCUCUUGGAGCAAUAAUCUAUCUCUUUUUUUUUUCACUUGCGGCAUCCAUUAAUCCUAAAUUGUCAGUUAUGCGGUAGCACGUUAUGGUUUAAUUAUUUAUGAAUAGGUUAUGUAAAUAAAGAAAAAUAGCAAUUUAAUAUAUAAGUAUAUUUUUGACCCCAUUUUUGGUACAAAGAACGUGUGGUUGUGCACCUUCUUACAGUCGGAAUGCCUUAAGAGGCAGAGUUAACCAUGUUUUGUGUUUGUACAGUGUGACUGUUCUGUUGUGGGAAAGCGUUACUCUACUGUUAAUAGGUUGAUAAAAAAAAAAAAACAAGUAAAAGAAUCAGGGUAUUGUUGUUUUUAACUGUUUGCUUGUGAAACCUGUUUUUGUUUCGUUUAACUUUCCAAAUAGCAAAAAAAAAGUACAGUAUUAGGGUCCCCAACUGUCUUAUCUCUAAUAAAACAGAUCUUUGGCAUGUUUCAGUAAAACUUACGGUGUCUACCAAA